CGCGAGCAGCGCCCAAUCUCGCUGCUCCGGUGACGUCAUCCGCAGGCGCCGCAGCGUGGUGGCGGGCACGCGCAGCCUAAAGAUGUCUCCCACGCCACCGCUCUUCAGUUUGCCCGAAGCGCGGACGCGGUUCACGAAGUCUACCAGAGAGGCCUUGAACAACAAAAACAUCAAGCCAUUGUUAAAUACCUUCAGCCAGUUACCUGGGAGUGAAAAUGAAAAAAAAUGUACCCUUGACCAAGCUUUCAGAGGUGUCCUAGAAGAAGAAAUUAUAAAUCAUUCAUCAUGUGAAAACGUUUUAGCUAUUAUUUCUCUUGCUAUUGGGGGAGUAACUGAAGGUAUUUGUACUGCCUCUACACCUUUUGUAUUGUUGGGAGAUGUUUUGGAUUGUCUUCCUUUGGAUCUCUGUGACACAAUAUUCACUUUUGUGGAAAAAAAUGUUGCUACUUGGAAGUCUAACACAUUCUAUUCUGCUGGGAAAAAUUAUUUACUACGUAUGUGCAAUGAUCUCCUAAGAAGAUUAUCAAAAUCUCAGAAUACUGUCUUCUGUGGACGAAUUCAGCUCUUUUUGGCCAGACUUUUUCCUUUAUCAGAGAAAUCAGGUCUUAACUUGCAGAGCCAAUUUAACCUGGAAAAUGUCACUGUUUUCAAUACCAACGAGCAGGAAAGCACACUGGGUCAAAAGCACACUGAGGACAGAGAGGAAGGAAUGGAUGUCGAAGAAGGUGAAAUGGGAGAUGAUGAAGCUCCAACAACUUGCUCCAUUCCAAUUGAUUACAACCUGUACAGAAAAUUCUGGUCACUUCAGGAUUACUUCAGGAAUCCUGUGCAAUGCUAUGAGAAGGUUUCCUGGAAAACUUUUCUCAAGUAUUCUGAAGAAGUCUUAGCUGUAUUUAAAAGUUACAAACUAGAUGAUACCCAGGCUUCAAGGAAAAAGAUGGAAGAAUUAAAAACAGGAGGAGAGCAUGUAUAUUUUGCAAAAUUUUUAACAAGUGAAAAGCUGAUGGAUUUACAACUGAGUGACAGUAAUUUUCGUCGUCACAUCUUGUUGCAGUAUCUCAUUUUAUUUCAAUAUCUCAAGGGGCAGGUCAAAUUCAAAAGUUCUAACUAUGUUUUAACUGAUGAACAAUCACUCUGGAUUGAAGAUACCACAAAAUCAGUUUAUCAACUACUAUCUGAAAACCCACCCGAUGGAGAAAGAUUUUCAAAGAUGGUAGAGCAUAUAUUAAAUACUGAAGAAAACUGGAACUCAUGGAAAAAUGAAGGCUGCCCAAGUUUUGUGAAAGAGAGAACAUCCGAUACCAAGCCAACAAGAGUAGUACGGAAGAGAACAGCACCAGAGGACUUUCUAGGGAGAGGACCUAACAAAAAGAUUCUGAUGGGAAACGAGGAGUUAACAAGGCUUUGGAAUCUAUGUCCUGAUAAUAUGGAAGCCUGUAAAUCAGAAACAAGGGAAUAUAUGCCAACACUGGAGGAAUUUUUUGAAGAAGCCAUUGAACAAGCAGAUCCUGAAAAUAUGGUUGAAAAUGAAUAUAAGGCAGUGAACAAUUCCAAUUAUGGUUGGAGAGCCCUGAGACUAUUAGCACGGAGAAGUCCUCAUUUUUUCCAGCCAACCAAUCAGCAGUUUAAAAGUUUGCCAGAAUAUCUUGAAAACAUGGUGAUUAAGCUAGCAAAGGAAUUACCACCUCCUUCUGAAGAAAUAAAAACAGGAGAGGAUGAAGAUGAGGAAGAUAAUGAUGCUUUACUAAAGGAAAACGAAAGCCCUGAUGUUCGGCGAGAUAAACCUGUAACAGGGGAACAGAUAGAGGUAUUUGCCAACAAACUGGGUGAACAGUGGAAGGUUUUGGCUCCCUACUUGGAACUGAAAGACUCAGAAAUCAGACAGAUUGAGUGUGACAGUGAAGACAUGAAGAUGAGAGCUAAGCAGCUACUGGUUGCCUGGCAAGAUCAAGAGGGGGUGCAUGCAACACCUGAGAAUCUGAUUAAUGCACUGACUAAGUCUGGAUUAAGUGACCUUGCAGAAAGUCUAACUAAUGACAAUGAGACAAAUAGUUAGCUUCUUUCUUCUUUUUUUUAUUAAAACUGUGAUAAGAUUUUGUUAACCAAGCAGCAUUUCAUAAGAGGUCCACUGGUUUUGGUAAACAAUAAACAUUUUUAUAUAACA